GAUUUAUUCCCACCCAGCUGGGAAAAAUCCAGGAAUGAGCUGGGAGGGCUGGAAUUCCCAGGCUGCUCUGGAAGAGCUCCGGGAGUUUUCCAGCGGCGCUGGGAGCGAGAGAUGCGCGGCGAGGGCUGGGAAUUGGAUUUUUUUUUCCUGCUUUUUUUCCACUUCCUCGCCGCUGGAUCCGAUCCCGGCCGCGUUUGGCCGCGCUGAUUUCCGGGUUUAUUUGGGAACCUUUUUCCUUGCACGGGGCAGGAUUCAUUCUCUCCCAAAAACUUGGAAUUGCCGGCUUGUGGGAUCAUCCCUGACGGGAUCGUGCCUCUGGAAAAGCCGCCCCCGCCCGGCCGGGAAUUCCAUGUGGGCAGAGUUUGGAUCCAGCUGAGUAAUCCCGGGAUUUGGAGGCAGCGCUGGAAAACGCCGCAUCCCGAGCAGCUCCCCAUUCCCGGUGUUCCGGAGUUUUCCUGGCGCUGCCUCACACCGGAGCUGCCCAGGGCAGAGGUAGAGCCUGGGAUGGGAGGAAUCCAAGGGGAAUUCCAGGGGCUGAGGGGGUUCUUUGGGAAUGGCUCAGUGGCACAUCCAAAGGCUGAUUCCCAGUGGGAAGUUGGGAUGGCUGGAGCAGCCCAGGAUGCUGCAGAGGCUCCGGGAGCUCUCGGAAUCCUGGGAAUCCAGACCCUUGAAUUCCUCUGGAUCCUGCUGGGAUCAAGCUGAGCCAGAGCAUGGAGCAGGAGCUCCCUUCCCGCUUUUCCUGCUCCGGGUGGUCCCUGGCAGGAGGGAAGGAGGGAUCAUGGAUUUUUCCCUUUGUUCCCAGAGCGGAGGCGGCGCUACCGACACCAGGAUCGGGUAAGAACCGGAGCCAGGAUAUUCCAUGGGGAUCCACCUGUGUCCCUCCUGCUUCCCAAGGGGCAUUCCUGCAUCCAGGGAUCUCAGUGGGAUCCCCAGGGGAUCCCCAGCUGUUCCCACAUCCCUCUGAUCUGCUGGAAUUCCUGUCCCUCUGGGAACUGGGAUCAUCCAUCUCCUGCUGCUCCUUGGGGAUCCCAACAGCCCUCGGGGGAUGGAUGCUCCCCGUCCCACGGGAACCCUCUGGGAUCCAAUUCCACCUCCCAGGAAUUCUCAUCCCCUCCAGGAUCGUGGUGGGAGCGGCGCCAUUCCCGGGGGAUGUGGCCAGGAGGGCUUUGAGCCAUCCCAUGGGAAGCUGAGCUGGAAAAUCCCCGGGAUCCGGAGCCGACCAUGCUGAGCUCCAAGCCCCGGCUGCUCCGCGCCCACCAAGUGCCCGAGAGCUACCGGGAGCCGGGAAUUCUCUCCGGGUACCGCCCUCCCCGGAGCUCGGUCUCCGAGUGCCUGCUCAGCCUCUUCGGGAUGAACAACGAGACCCUCAACAUCUGGACACACCUGGUGCCCGCCGGGUAUUUCCUCUGGCUGCUCCUGGCGCGGCUCCGGGAUUCCGGGGUGGAGCCGGGGGCGGGGCCGUUCCUGGCCUACCUGGGCACGUGCGCGCUGUACCCGCUGGCGUCGAGCGCUGCCCACACCUUGGGGGCCGUGGGCGGGCACGGCCGGCACCGCGCCUACUGCUGCGACUACGCCGCGCUCAGCCUCUACAGCCUGGGCUCGGCGCUGGCGUAUUCCGCCUACGUAUUCCCACCGGAAUGGGUCGGGAGCACAUUCCAUAAUUUCUACGUUCCCGUGGCCGUGUUCAACUCCGCGCUCAGCACCGGCCUGUCCUGCUAUUCCAGGUUUCUGGAGGCAGAGCGGCCUUGCCUGAGCAAAGUUUCCCGAACUUUGGCCUUUGUGUAUCCCUACAUUUUCGACAGCAUCCCAGUUUUCUACAGGCUCUCCCGGAGCCGCUCCGAGGGCUCUCUCCCGCUGCAUUCCCGGCACAGCCUCUGCGCCCUCCUCACCUUCCUGAGCUUCACCUCCCGCCUGCCCGAGCGCCUGGCGCCCGGGAGCUUCGACCUCAUCGGGCACAGCCACCAGGUUUUCCACGUCUGCGGGAUUUUGGGAACGCUCUUCCAGCUGGAAGCCAUCUCCAUGGACAUGGCGGAGCGGCAGGGCCGCUUCCCACUUCCCUCUUCCCUGGAAACCUUUGGAUCCCUGGGAAUGGGAGCAGCUGCCAGCCUGGCCAUCCUCGGGAUCUGCUUCCACAACCUCCGCCUGCAGCCUCUUUCCCAGGAAAAAUCCCACUAGAAUCAGGGAUUGCCUCAGAUUUCUGGGAGCAGCCGCAUUCCAGAGGUGUCUAUGGGGAUGAGGGGGAGUUUGAUGGCCUGGAAAUCGUUCUUUGGGAAUUUCCCAAGGGAAAACUGCACUGGUUUUGCCCAUGGAUGGGCUGGGAAACGCUUCCCAUCCCAUCAUUAUCCACAGGGAAAGCGUCAAAUAAUCGGGAUUUGAUCCCUGAAAGGGGAAGGAAGCGCUCAAAAGAUCCCAAAGAAUUCAGGAUCCCUCAGGUCUGCCUUGGGGAGAAAUCCAGGGAAUGUUGGCAUCCCAGUGAAGCCAAGCACUGCCUAAUUCCUGUUUUCCCCUUGGAAGUGGCAUUCCUUUGGAAUUUCAAGCCUUGUGCUCAGCCCAAGUGCCUGGAAACGUGGGAUGGAGGGAUUGGAGUUUCCCUCCUGUUUUAAUUCCCACUGUUUUCACUCAUUAUCCAGGAAAAGGGAUUCCAGGAGAGCUCCAAUGGGAUGUUCCUGCAGGAAAGCUCUUCCAGGGUUUAAUUCCAGGAAAUCCUGGGAAGUUCAUUCCCAUGGGAAUCCCACAUGGGGGAUGGAAUGAAGAAAUUCCAUCCUGUUCCAGGUAUUCCUGGGAUGGAUCCUGGGACAGGGAGAGCUCCACGCCCCAACCUCCCGGGAUUUGGGAUCCUUUGGGAAAAGGUUU